AUGGCGGAGCUCGUGCAGGAGGCAGUGGACUCCAUGGUGCAGAGCCUGGAGAGGGAGAACAUCUGGAAGAUGCAGGGUGCCAUGUUCCGGCGCAGCGCCAGCUGCUGUGAGGACAGCCUGGCCUCCAUGCAGCAAGUGCACCAAUGCAUUCAGUGCUGCCACGCGCUGCUGGCACAAGCCCAGGCCCUGGUGACCAGCGAACUGAAGAGGUUCCAGGACCGCCUGGCCCGGUGUACCGUGCACUGCAACGACAAAGUCAAAGACUCAAUGGAUGCCGCGAGUAAAGAGCUGCAGGUGAAGCAGCAGCUGGAGAGCUGUGACCACAGGCACCUCAUCCCGUCCAGGACCAAGAAGAUGACGGAGUUCUCUCUUCCAUCGCAAAAUAAAUAUCUGUGCCAGUGGCCAUUGGGGAUCAGGGCAGGAAUCUUUAUAAAAAAGAAGAAGGGGAAUUUGGGUCUUUUAAGUGAAUUUUAUGAAAGGAAAAAAAAAAAAAGAUAG